GCGGCGAGGGGCGGGUCACGUGACCGGGUUUAAAUCUCCCGCAGCCGGAGCCGCGGGGGCGCCAGAGCCGCGAGUCGGGCGGGAGCACAGGAGGCGAGGGGCGGAGGGCCAGAGAGGCAGUUGGAAGAUGGCGGACGAGGCGGCGCUCGCCCUUCAGCCCGGCUGCUCGCCCUCGGCGGCGGCGGCGGCGGCGGCGGCCGACGGAGAGGCCGCGUCGUCCCUCACCGGGGAGCCGCUCCGCAAACGGCCGCGGAGAGACGGUGCCGGCCUCGGCUGGAGCCCGGACGACGUCGGCGGGCCGGCCCCCGAGCGGGAGGUGCCGGGGGCGGCCGGGGGCUGCCCGGCGGCGGCGGCGGCGGCGUUGUGGCGGGAGGCGGCGGCGGGCGGGGAGCGGGAGGCCCCGGCCCCGGCGGCGGCGGCGGCGGCGGCGGAGGCCGGAGAAGGAGACAAUGGGCCCGGCCUGCAGGGCCCGUCUCGGGAGCCGCCGCCGGCCGACGACUUCGACGACGACGACGACGAGGAGGGCGACGAGGAGGAAGAGGCGGCGGCGGCGAUUGGGUACCGAGAUGACCUUCUGUUUGGUGAUGAGAUAAUCACCAAUGGUUUUCAUUCCUGUGAAAGUGAUGAAGAUGAUAGAGCCUCCCAUGCAAGCUCUAGUGACUGGACUCCAAGGCCACGAAUAGGCCCAUAUGCUUUUGUUCAGCAGCAUCUCAUGAUUGGUACAGAUCCUCGAACAAUUCUUAAAGAUUUGCUACCGGAAACUAUCCCUCCACCUGAGUUAGAUGAUAUGACACUGUGGCAGAUUGUUAUUAAUAUACUUUCAGAGCCACCAAAAAGGAAAAAAAGGAAAGAUAUUAAUACAAUUGAAGAUGCUGUGAAAUUACUGCAAGAGUGCAAAAAAAUAAUAGUUCUAACUGGAGCUGGGGUGUCUGUUUCUUGUGGAAUACCUGACUUCAGGUCAAGAGGUGGUAUUUAUGCUCGCCUUGCUGUAGACUUCCCAGACCUUCCAGAUCCUCAAGCAAUGUUUGAUAUUGAAUAUUUCAGAAAAGAUCCAAGACCAUUCUUCAAAUUUGCAAAGGAAAUAUAUCCUGGACAAUUUCAACCGUCUCUGUGUCACAAAUUCAUAGCCUUGUCUGAUAAGGAAGGAAAACUGCUUCGCAACUAUACUCAGAACAUAGAUACACUGGAACAGGUUGCGGGAAUCCAAAGGAUAAUUCAAUGUCAUGGUUCCUUUGCUACAGCAUCUUGCCUGAUCUGUAAAUACAAAGUUGACUGUGAAGCUGUACGAGGAGAUAUUUUUAAUCAGGUGGUUCCUCGAUGUCCUCGAUGCCCAGCUGAUGAACGUCUUGCUAUCAUGAAACCAGAAAUUGUCUUUUUUGGUGAAAAUUUACCAGAACAGUUUCAUAGAGCCAUGAAAUAUGACAAAGAUGAAGUUGAUCUCCUCAUCGUUAUUGGGUCUUCCCUGAAAGUAAGACCAGUAGCACUAAUUCCAAGUUCCAUACCCCAUGAAGUGCCUCAGAUAUUAAUAAAUAGGGAACCUUUGCCUCAUCUGCAUUUCGAUGUAGAGCUUCUUGGAGACUGUGAUGUCAUAAUUAAUGAAUUGUGUCAUCGGUUGGGUGGUGAAUAUGCCAAACUCUGCUGCAACCCUAUAAAGCUUUCAGAAAUUACUGAAAAACCUCCACGAACACAGAAAGAGUUGGCUCAUUUGUCAGAAUUACCACCCACACCUCUUAAUAUUUCUGAAGAUUCAACAUCGCCAGAAAGAACUUCACCACCAGAUCCUUCAGUGAUUGCCACAUUUUUAGACCAAGCAAUAAAGAGUAGUAUUGAUGAUCUAAAUGCAUCUGAAUCAAAAGAUUGUAUGGAAGAAAAACCACAGGAUGUACAAACUUCUACUAGGAGCAGUGAAAGUGUUACUGAACAGUUGGAGAGCCCAGAUUUAAAGAGUGUUAGCUCCAGUACCGUGGAGAAGAAUGAAAGAACUUCUGUUGCAGAAACAGUGAGAAAGUGCUGGCCUGCUCGACUUGCAAAGGAACAAAUUAGUAAACGGCUUGAUGGUAAUCAGUAUUUGUUUUUACCACCAAAUCGUUACAUUUUUCAUGGUGCUGAGGUAUAUUCAGACUCUGAAGAUGAUGUGUUAUCCUCUAGCUCUUGUGGCAGUAACAGUGAUAGUGGAACAUGCCAGAGUCCAAGUUUAGAAGAACCCAUAGAAGAUGAAAGUGAGAUUGAAGAAUUUUACAAUGGUUUGGAAGAUGAAGCUGAUAUUAAUGAGAGAGCUGGAGAAACUGGACUUGGAGCUGAUGGAGGUGAUCAGGAAGCAGUUAAUGAAGCUAUACCCAUGAAAGAUGAACCAACAGACAUUAAUUGUCCAUCAAACAAAUCAUAAUGUAAUUAUUGUCCAGGUACAGGAAUUGUUCCACCAGCAUUAGGACCUUUAGCAUGUCAAAACGAAUGUUUACUUGUAACUCAGUAGAACAAGGAAACCAGAAAGGUGUAAUAUUUAUAAACUGGCGAAAUAAUUGGGUUUUUUCCACGGAUAAUUUUUAACUUACUUAUUUCUGUACUUAACACUAACUUUUUUUUAAAAAGGGACUAAGUAUCUUUAAUCAGCUGGUUGGUUAGGAUUUUUUUUCAAAGCUUCAUUUGUAUGAUACAUCAAUAUGUAAAUAUAAUUUUGUUUUUGCAUAGUGAGUUCCAACGUUUUAAAGUUUUCAAAAAGCCAUUGGAAUGUUAAAUUAAUGGAAAGGGAACAGCUUAUCUAGACCAAAGAAUGGUAUUUUCACACUUUUCUUUGUAACAUUGAAUGGUUUGAAAUCCUAAAAUCUCUGUUCUGCUAAACUUGUGAUUCAUUAUUAGCACAAUUACCUAUUUUUAAACACUGGCAUUUUCCAAAACUUGUGGCAGCUAACUUUUUAAAACCUUCUGACGUGCAAUGUGAGUAGAAGAAAGUAUGUGGGGGAGCACUCAGUUGUCUUUGCUUUUUAAAGUAAGACUUGGUGCUAAGAAUUUCAGGAAUAUUGAAUAGUGUAUUCAAAUGAUGAUGGCUUUUGUACUUCCUGUGGACAUACAGUAAUGUCUAUUCUAUAUUGGCUCAUAAAACUAUACUGAAAAACAAAUAAAUGCUUUGGAAAUGUUUCAAUUGCUUUAGAAACAAUAGUGCCUGCCCAGAUCCCCUUAGUUUUGAGAAUAUUUGCCAUUGUUUUAAUACCUAUCACUGUGGUAGAGCUUGCAUUGAUCCUUUCCACAAGUAUUAAACUGCCAAGUUGUGAAUAUGCAAAGUCUUUAUGAAUCUAUAAUAAUGGUACUUCAACUGGGGAAGAGUGUAAUAUUUUGGACUGUUGCUUUUCUUUUCUUCCAUUAGUGAUGAGCAACAGGCUCCUAAUUAUGGUUCCAAAGUGAUAAGAUGUUAAUUAUAACUCAGCCAGUAAGUAUGUCUCCUGUUGGGAGGAUGGUUUAAUAAAUACCAAACUACUAGCUUAGUGUUAUGGAGAUGAACCUGAUGAACCUGUAAUAGCAGAAUAGUUAAUGGAUGUAAAAAAAAAUCCCUAUAAUGUGUCUUUAUUUAAAAGCUUAGCCUGCCUUAAAACUAGAGAUCAACUUUCUGAGCUGCAAAAGCUUCUAGCCUUUCAAAAAAGUUCAUACUUCAAAAAAAUUGCACAGUAGGCAUUUAUUUUCCAGACCUUUCUCAACAUUAGUACCAAAUUACUAAGUAUUCUCAUGUUGCUUCAUUACACUUUUUAAAAGGUUUGAAAUACAGCUGUUCUUUAAGUAUAAAUACAAACUAUGACGGUUAUUGCUACCAGAGGGGAAAAAUUUUAAUGAAAGGCCAUUUCCCUACCUUAAGGUGUCUGUCUACAUCUGAAUUUAUUUGGCUACACUAAAGAAUGCAGUAUAUUUAGCUUUCUGUUUGCAUGAUGUGUUUAUGUGCUAUAGAUAAUAUUUUAAAUCGAAAAUUUUGUUUUAAAUUAUUUUUACAGUGAAGACUGUUCUCAGCUCUUUUUAUAUUGUACAUAGUCUUUUAUGUAAUCUACGGGCAUAUGUUUUGUAGACUGUUUAAUGACUGGAUCUUCCUCCAAUUUUUGAAAUACAAAACCAGUGUUUUAUACUUGUACACUGUUUUAAAGUCUAUUAAAACUCAUUUGACUUUUUCAUGUUA